AUGACCUUCACUUGCGGCACAUGCUGGCGCGAGUUCCCAGCGGGAUGGCAUAGCCGUGAACAGCACUUCAAGGCUACCGGACACUGCGAGCCCCCUUACGAGUGCGAAACUUGCGACCGCUAUUUUGGCAGUCGGCAGGCAGUCGACCAGCACAUGAAUGCGCUGGACCAUUGGCAAGAAUCCAGUUCUCAAGGUGAUCCUGAAUAUGAAUGCCACGUCUGUCACGAUCGCUUCUUCGAUGAACAGGACCGUAGCGACCAUGAAGUCCAAGAGCACCACUUCUGCGAACCCUGCGACCGCUGGUUCGAAAACCUGAACAGCAUUCGUCAGCACUUGAAGUCCAAGACUCAUCUCGGUAGCAACGUCAAGUGUCCCUUCUGCGGCGAGACCCGCACCACCGCCACGGGUCUCAUCCACCACCUCGAGCGCGGCGGCUGUUCCAACGCCCCUCUCGACCGCGACAAGCUCUAUCUGGCCGUGCGCCAGCGCGACCCCAGCGGACUCAUCUCCAAGAAGCUUCUCGAGUGGCACGGAUCUCCUACGUAUACCGCCACCGAGCGAACGUACAACUACGACAUCGGGGCUUACGAGUGUUAUCUCUGUCACCGCGCCUUCACAACACUGCCGGGCCUCAACCAACACCUAAACUCCCCUAUUCACCAGCAGAACCUCUACCAUUGCCCGAAUCAUCGUUGCGGCCGGGAGUUCACCACCCUUGCGGCGACCAUCAACCACCUCGAGAGCGAGUCCUGCGACUACAUGCGCUUUAAGGCAGUGCAGAAGAACGUGGAGCAAAUCUUUGACUCUCGUCGGAUGAUUUCUUUCUGA